CAUUCGAUGAGGCGAUGAAAAAAGGUGGCCUUCUAGAUUAUCUGUUUUCAUUUCGACUUGUUCGCCUUGCACAGUACAUGGCUAUGCCGCUCACUACGGCAGUUCAGUUGUUCAAAUUUUGUCAAUGUUUAAGUGUUUGGCUUACUAAACGCAUUUCGAAGCAUGUUGUUGACGACUGGUACAGUACGCAUGUGAGACAAAUAAUCGAUUUCAUUUUGAGUGAAAUUCAUACGCAGGAAACAAAAGUCUCCGCUCGGCUCAGCCAGCAGUUAGCUAUCACUGAGUUUGAACUCAGUGGCUCAGGGCAUCGUCCGAUCUAUCGAGAACAAUUUCUUGAUAUCAACUUGUCACCAGAAGCAGUCAAGGAACGUGAAGCAUUGCGUAACGUCGACAAGCUACUGACAAAAAAAGUGUCAUCGUCUGUUGAUGUUUUGGUCUGUUUCUCAUUUUAA